AUGGAUCCUUAUCGCUUGCCUAGGCACAGUUCGAGCCAUGGAACUCUGCGUAGUAGCUAUUCUCAAGGAAGACCACCUCAUGGCCCUCCUCCUGGUCGCCCACUACAUAAACCUCUUCGAAGUGUGAAUGAGAAUUCUGUCUUGCUGCCUUCCCCUGGAGCCCUAGAGAGCAUGUUGAAAACCACAACUGAAACGGGAGAUAUCGGGAUCUUCAGCAUCAAACCAGUACCUCCAUCACCAAAGCGGAGAGAUACGUUGUCCGAACUAAGCCAACAACGCCUAUCACCACGUCCUUCUAUCGAGGAAUUACAUCGUCGAAAUAACGGCAAACAUCUCCCUUCCUAUAGGGAUACGACCUCGGAGAUAAUUUCCAUGUAUGGUUCAGAGAGCCAUAAAUCAGCGACCAGCACGUUAACUCCAACAUCUUCGGAGGAGAUUGGGCUCCGUUCAUAUUCGAUGACCACGUGUGGAUCUCGCCAUCUUUCUCAUCAUAGAUCAACUACAACGCUUCAAAGUCAAGCUAGCGGAGGGCCGCUUCAACGUCCACGAUCACCCUUCCCCUAUCCCACUCGUCUGAAAAGACCUGGAGUUCGCCCAGCAUCGCCAGCACUUACAGAAAAUGGGCGAAUUGACUAUAGUCGGAUGGUGGAAAUUGACCGAUCCUCUUAUAGGACUGUCCAUGGCCCUUACAGACCCGCCUAUCCUCCGAUGCUGCGGAGGCCGCCUCCCUUAGGUUUUCAUGCUUCUGCCAGCCUUUCCUCAGUUUCAUUACCGCCGCAGGGUCCACCUAGUCGCCAUGGUCCUCUAAGGCCUCCAUCAAUGCGGACGCAUUCUGCUGCCUCGAUGGUGUCUUGGGCCGCCCCAUACCAUGAAAGAGUAGAUAGUUCUUCGUCUAGAGCAUCGAGCCUCACCUCGGUUGGAAACAUGUAUCACCGUAUGCCGCACAGAGUUGGACCAAGUGGCCUUCCCGCUCCCGUGCCACGCUAUUAUGACUAUACUGAAGGGUUUGAGCCUAGACAGCCGCGUACCUUAACUCCAGUUCAACCGUUCGCACCAGUCCCCACUCGUGCAUCAAAUUAUCAACGACCGUUUGUAUUACAGGAGUCCGAUGAUAACUUGGCAAUUGCGUAUCAACAGCGAGAUUCUGCAUUCUAUGGACUCGAAAGCCAGAGCCCUUAUAGGGCAGGCACGGCAGAAUCCAUGAGGGGCACCAAUACGCCUCGUGUCGAGAGCUGUAGGGCAAUCAUAGAUCGAGCUCCCUCUCGUUGUCGCACUGCCUCCAUACGCUCUGAAACCCGAUCGAUCGCGUUCGAUAAUUCUGAGAUUGAUGGAAAAUUCGGGAGGGGAAGUGAUAUUGAUCUUUUGCCAUCACAGGCAGGCAGAGAAUCUAUGGACACAUUCAACCCGAACCUUGAUCUUGAGUCAAAAGACGUACCCACGUAUAGGUAUACGGAUUACCUCUCUACUACGACACCAAAGACAAACGUAAAUUCGCCGCAGAGGCAGGUCCAGGUUCAAGGCAGUGGAGCUCCUACAAUUCGAAGUGAGCAAGGUGUGAUAUUAAGAGAUGAUACGCAGGACGAGACUCUACCUGAAGGGUUAGAUGAUAGUGCCGAUGUUGAUUUGGUCGAGGAAAAAGUCAUGACCAGUCCGCAAGGCAAUUCUAUCGGACGUCGUUCAUGUUCCGAACCUGCUCCUGGCUAUUUAGGGAAUCCGAUUCUGCAUGAGGCACAAUCUAAUAAUAAACACGGGCUCGUAACGAUGGACCGUACUAGUUCGCGUUAUAGCAAAACGAGCGCCAUGCAUGGUGUGACUGGGUCGGUAGCGCCCAAUGGCGUCAGCGGCUUCCGGUAUAAGGUUAGUGAUGCCGAUGCGCCCACUGCCGACACGGAAAAUUCCAAUAUUAAUCACAACUAUAUUGGAGAAAGUGUCACUAUCUCGGUUUCAAACCAGGUACAGAGGCAGAGGUUCCAGCGCCAUAAGCGAAAUCAGGCAGUUCCUAGAAUUAGCACCAGUAGCUUACCUAGGGAGGACAACGAAGGUUUUCCGUACAUUACCCCGUCAUGUUCCACGACACCUAUCGUAUCGCCGAAACCAAUCUCUCCCGCCCGCCAACUGAAGCUGAAGAAUAGCAUCCCUCAACUUAUGAAGGCAUUACCGCCUCUACCUGGGGAUCCAAAUUACAUUCCUCCGUCAACGCCGAGCAUACUAAGCACAUCAAGCAAUGAAGAAGACUUUUCUGAAGUCCUUUCGCCAUUCAAGUUUGAUCGGUCUUCUUCCCCUCAGCUUUUGGAUACAGGCGUAAAAAAAGUAGAAACGACGUACAAUUGUGAUCGGACCUCAGGCUUACAGAAGCACGUUCCGAGACUAAAAUUGAAGGCUAAAGCGUCUAACGACUCAGCAGCCACGGUCACCUCUGAUACGAGACUGUUUGAACCAGAUGUUAACCAACGCUGGCCUUCCAGGACUCCUAAUCCAAUUCCCGAGGGCCAAGAAGGCGACCUCAUCCCCCGAGUCCGCACUCGGAACAGGCUAAAGCUUAGAUCUUCUAGAAGUAGUACUUCUAGUCCUCCCGCACCUGCCACGGUUCGCCGGAAUGCAGCCACAGAAACAUCUGACAUUGUUCUGGAUAUUACACGACGUCGGCCACGAGAUUUAUUUACCUAUCCUCCCAGUCUGACAUCGACACCCCACGCGAGUAGAGGGCGAUUGGAACCGACGCGGAUUGACCAGCCUCCUUCUAGUGGCUCACUUGAUAAGAUCAAUUCGAAGGUAAUAGAACCUGAACUUGAAAAAAGGACGGCGUCUAUGCGUCUGGGCCGGCCGAGAAAACCGUCUUAUGACUCAAGAUCAAUGGAAGCUAGUACAAAUUCUGCUACAAAACAUCCUCAUGGCUUGAAGAGACGUUUCUCAAAUCUUCGCUUCUUAUUGGCGAGGACAUCAGAUUCGGUGCCAACGCCAUCGGAUUCGGCCACGGAAGCCACGAGGCAUAAUAGACUAGAUCAAGGUGCCUAUCUUACCAAUGCUAAUUUUGCUAAUAAGCACUUUACAACCGGCGACGAUCGGUCAGUGCAAGGAUAUAGUAAUCGGACUGCUUUCGGUCGACGAGUGCGAUCGAAGCUUCUGAAGUGGGUAAAGGACGCAAAGGCAGCAGUGCGAGCAUGUGCAAAGAGGAAUCAUGGUGUAUAA